UCGUGUAUUUAAUUUGCACUGGAAGAAGAUACUAUAUAUUUUCCAAGCUUGCAAGGAAGCUGAAAGCCAACCACCAUCUCCAUUUUCUUGACCAACUGCAACAACCCCCUUUCUCCCAAGAACCAUAUUAUGUCUUCAAUCUUGACUUCUCAAGGCGUGGUCUUGGCCACCGCCAUGGCCGUCUCCGGCACCGUAAUCCUCCUCGCGCUGCGCCUCCAGAAGUCCUUCCCGGCCGCCGCCCCUCCGACCCCUCGCCCCUGCAUCUCCUCAGCCUCAGAGGGGAAGAAGCGAUUCAAGAAGAAGAAGAAGAGAGUGCACUUCGCGAAGGACGUCGUCGACCCGGCCGGGAACAGCGAGGAGUUCCGGCGGCAGCACGGCCACGGAAACAGCGGCGGUGGCUUUUCCGUAAAUUCGGCGCCGAAGAAGGGGCAGAACGGGAAGGAAAUCAAGGGAAUGCCGGCGAACCGUGCGGCGCUCUACAACGGAAUUCUCAGGGAUCGGUUGGUUCCCCGCCGGCUGGCCUAUUGCUAUUAACUCUUCCCCCGUACAUGCUCGUGUACAAUCCCUGAUUUACUCCUCCAAUUUUGUACAAAUCACUGGGGCUUCUUCUUCUUCUCUUUCUUGGUAUUCCCAGACUUCGCAGGUCUCAAGCCUUCCAAGUUCCAACUUCCAAAGCUUGGGUAGUUGACCCACUAUUGAGGCCGUUGCAGGGCUUCUUCAAUAUUUCUUUCUUUUUAUUAUUUUCUUUUCUUUCUUCUUUUCGUGAAUUGGGCUUUAAUGAAUUUUCUUUUGAUGAAUUGUACAAACGAUGGAUGGAGUCCCACUCAUUAGCAAUCGGUGAAUACGUUUUUAAUUA